AUGUCAAUUACACUUAAAUCAGGAUAUGGAGAUAUUUUUCAGAAUAAUCAAGAAUUUGAUGAAGUCUUUCAAGAUUCGCUAAGAUUAGAAAAUACAAUUAAUCAAAAUGGUACAACAAUUGAAAAAGAGUUAGAAAGAGUAGAAAUAUUAAUUAAUAAUUAUGAUGAUUCAAAUGUUUUGAAAAGAAAAGAAAAAUCAUUUAAAAAAAGUUGUAAAUGUCAACAUGGGAAAAAAUGCACGUGUGGCAAAAACUGUCAGUGUAUAUCAUUGAAAAAAGAUAAUAAUAAGAAUAAGAAACAAAAGCAAUCUAAUUCCAAAGAUGAUGAUGAUUCUUUAAGCUUAUCUAGGUCAAAAAAAAAAAACUGGUCUUUACUAUGGAGUAAAAAAAAAAAAAUUAAACAGAAAGAUAUACACUUUAGUAAAUCUCAAAGUUUAAAAGGAAACAAGCGGACACACCUUAAAGGUGAACUGUCACCAAACUCUCCAAAGGAUAAAGAAAUGAUUGAGAUUUUUACAACUAAUAAUGACAAACACUCUAUACAAAACCGAUUAGUUUUCCCUGAUCCACUAUUAACAGAAAAUUACAACAAAAGUAACAAUGAUAUUAAAUAUAAGGAAAGGUCUUAUGACGUGAAUGAUGGCAAUAAUAGUAAUCAUACUUAUAAUCAAUAUACUGGGAGAUUUAGAAAUAGAAAAAAUAAAAAUAUAUACAGUAGUCAAACGAUGUUAUGUCAACAGCAAAAGCGAGAAAGUUUUGCUAGUUCUGAAGAUUACUCAAUCUUCAAAUCACAAAAUUCUAAUAAAUCUAAUAAAUCAAAAAAUCAUAAUAGAAAUGAAGAAACAAAAAAUAUUCAUAAUGAUAAAUCGAAUCUGAAACCCUCUGAAAUUAAAGAAAAACGAAAUAUUUUAGAUAAAGUCUGGAGUAGUUUUCGCUUUAAAUCAUCAAAAAUUCCUCAAAUAAAAUCAGAAAAAGAAACAUAUCCUAAUGUAGAAACGUUAUAUUUUGAAUUAAACGAUGAAAUGGGUCAAAGUAAUAUAACUACCAAUGUAAACAACUUUUUGUUAACAGAAUCUCAUUGUUUAUUAAAAGACAAAGUAGGCAACAUAUCAAAAAAAUAUUAA